CAGCCAGGUCGCCUCUUUGAUGAAACCACAGCUGUGUACUGGAAAUAAACUAAAACUAUCAAUCUCAUUACACUAGUUCUCAGGCGAACAUAUAAAGAUUUGUUGCCAGCCACACCAAAAAUGGCAGCAAGAACACGCUACAGAAAAAGCGAAGGAAUGGAGUUGGUCCUGAAAUCCUCCUACCAAAUAAAACUGAGGUCAGCAAAUCAGCUGUUUGGUCUAACUAAUUUCAAACAAUGUGAAGGGAAAACAGGUUCAGAAUACCUGAAAUGGGUGUUAGACUUUGUGUCCAAAAACAGACACAAGACUUUCAACUUGAAGAAUCCAGCUGGAGCCACAUUGAAGAUAGGAGACCUGGACGAUACUAUUUAUAGUGGGGAUGAUUACGAGGUGAAUGGUUGGGAAAAGUUUUACUUUCCUGAGAAAGUAAGUAUGCAGGUUGUAGGUGUAGUAGAGGGGAUCUGGUGGUGUGACCAGCUCGUUCUGAUGACCUGCUGUGAGGACAGACAGGUGUAUGCCUAUGAUGGAGAGAAGCUGCAUCUGGUGGCUUCAAGCCUGCAGCAGCUAAGUGACGAGGGAAUAAAGUAUCCAGGGUCCAAGAGCUAUUACAAUGGGGAGGCCUUCAAAGAUAUGACCGAGGAGGACUGGGACAAAGUGAACAAGAGGCUGGACCAAGAGCACCAUGAACUGGUGAUGUCAAAAAAAACUGAAUUCCUUAAGCAUCUGAAAUCAAUCAAAGACAACCUAGGGAAGCCAGAGAUCCUCCAAGAAGAAAAUGAAAAGUCCAAAGAAGCACCCCAAGCUGGGACUGAGAACCCAAUUUCAGUCAAACCUUAAUCCCCUCUCUCCCAACAGACCCUACACAGACCGUACAGCCUUCUUCUCUUUUCUUAAACAGUUUAUUUGCACAUCUUUUUAAAAGCCUU